AUGGCCGGUAGAGAGAGAGAGAGUUGGUUGUUUGGAGAGGGGAUAGAGGAGGGGAGAAUAACAGGACACGUGCUGCUGCUGGUUGUGGCGCCCGGCGCCGCCACCGUCGUAGGAGUAGCUGUCGGCGGUGGUGGGGUAGAGGAGAGCAGGGAGGUGCGAGACGGCGGAGGGCGGCGAGCUCACCUCCUGGUAAGCGCUGCUGCCGCUGCUCAUCGCCGCGGUGGAGCGCGGCUUCUUGGCGGAGGAGGUGGCGGCGGUGUUGUUACUCGCCAUGCAGCCGUUCCCGCCAGCACCCACGCCGAACUUCUGAAACACUCGGGAGAUCACCCACUCGUCCUAUUCGAUCAAAAUGGGAAAUAUUAA